AUGACGUCUAUGGUCAACAUCCCGAGCGACAACGACGACCCGGCAUACAGGUACAAGAUGCCUAAGUUAGUCGUGAAGAUCGAAGGUAGAGGCAAUGGAAUCAAGACCAACAUUGUAAAUAUGGUCGAUGUGGCACGAGCCCUGAAAAGACCUCCAUCUUACCCCACGAAGUUCUUCGGCUGUGAGUUGGGUGCUCAGAGCAAGUUCGAUGAAGCCACUGACAAGGCCAUCGUUAACGGCGAGCAUCAGCAGGCUGACAUGCAGAGCCUUCUUGAUAAGUUCAUUGAACGAUACGUCCUUUGCCAAAACUGUCAUUUACCCGAAAUUGAUAUGAGCGUGAAGAAGGGAGAUAUUAAAGGCGUCUGCAAGGCCUGUGGUUGGAGAGGGAAUCUUGACAUGACUCACAAGGUGGCCACUUUCAUCCUAAAGAACCCUCCUCAGGGGACUGAGGGCUUCGGAGGUAUUGCUAGAACGGGGAAGAAGGACAAGGCUGAGCGGCAGCGGGAAAAGGCCGAACGGCAACGCAAGGAAGCUGCUGGGGAUGAUGCUGAUGAAGAGGAGGGGGUAGUGGUGAAGGAGAAGAAGGAAAAGAAAGAAAAGAAGGAGAAGAAGCAUAAGAAGGAUAAGGGAGAUGAUGAUGGUGAGAAAAAGGAGAAAAAGGAGAAAAAAGACAAGUCGGAAAAGAAGCAUCAUAAGCAUCACAAGCAUGAGGAAGAUAUCUCUGAGGAGGGUAGCGGCAGCAAUAAGAAGAGUAGUAAGAAGAAGCAUUCUAAGAAACAGUCUGGUGAUGAUGUUGACAAUUCCCCCAAGGCUAAUGGUAAUUCUGGUGAAGAGAAGGCCGACAACAACACGCAGGAGAUGGACCUGGCCCCGCUUACUUCGCAGAGCCCCGAGCUUGAGGAGGCAGUAUUGGAACCGUUGUCUGCUGCUGUGAAGGAUGCUGGAGGCCUACCUGCCAUGCCUGUUGAUGAUUUCUUACAAGAGCUUCGACUCUUGCAGAUCUCCCAGAGGUUCUCCCAUGUAACUCGACUGUAUGUGGCCCUUCAGGUUAUAUUCACACAAGAGAAGAAGGGUCUAUGCAAAGAUACUUUCGAGGACCGACUGCCUUACGUUAGCCGGGUCAUUGACAAUGCCGGACUGGUCACUUCUGAGGUAUGCGAAGCUUUUGAGGUCAUGUACACGUUGCAUCCUGAUGUUGCCAAAAUAGCUCACUAUCCUUACAUCCUUAAGGACCUCUAUGAUGAGAAUCUCAUCGUGGAGGGUGCCUUGUUGAAGCACUACGAAGGCAACAGCGAUAGGAAGGGAUUCCCCUUAUGUCGUAAGGCAGCAACGCCUUUCCUCGACUGGCUGCGCACCGCAGAAGAUGAGGAGAGUAGCAGUAGUGAUGAUGAUGAUAGCGACGAUGAUGAGGAGGUCAUCACCCAGAAGAAGCCUGUGUCUAAGAAGCCGACAGGCAGCAAGCUAGUAGGGGCUUCACGCGUUGGUUCAUCGGGAGGUCUGUUGCUCAGGUUGAAGUGGCUGAGGAGGACGAUGGGUCGGACAUUGACGUCGAUGCGAUAUAAUUAUACCUUCCCCACUAUUGCUCUUGUCGUCCUCUCNNNNAUUCCGGCGAUAUACAAAUCGUUGCAGGCAUCAUUUAAAGCUGACCGCACUAAGUCGUUGGAGUGGCGCCUCAGCCAACUGGAUGCUAUGGAGCGAAUGAUUAAGGAGAAUCUGGAUGUGUUCAAGCAAGCUAUACUCGAGGACAUGCAUGUGUCCCCUAUAGAGAGCGAUAUGAUGCAAGUGUCACUCACGUUGAGCGACAUAAACCUUUUCAAGGCUAAUAUCGAAUCCUGGAUGAAGCCAGAGAGGGUCUCGCCGAGUCUGAUUAGUCUUCCAGCUAAAGCGGAGAUUCUGAGCGAGCCGUUGGGAGCAGUGGUUGUGUAUGGUGCGUGGAACUAUAACUUUCUCCUCACCUUGCAGCCCGUGGUUGGCGCUAUCGCUGCUGGCAACUGCGUCCUUAUCAAGCCUGGAGACUACGCAGUGAGGAGCACCCAAGCCAUGAUGCAGCUCAUACCGCGCUACAUGGACCAGAACUGUAUUCGAGUCGUCAGUGGCGGACCGGAACUCAGUGAUGCUAUACUUGAGCACGAGUGGCAAAAGAUAUUCUACACUGGAAGCACUAACGUCGGUCGUAUUAUUUACCAGAAAGCCGCCAAGUUCCUAACGCCCUGUACACUGGAGCUGGGCGGGAAGAGCCCGUGUAUUGUGGACAGUACAGCUGAUCUACCCAUAACAGCCAAACGUCUCGCAUGGGGUGCAUUGGCCAGUGCUGGACAGACAUGUGUUAGACCAGAUUAUGUGCUGGUGCACCAGUCUAUUGGCGAUAAGCUGGUGGAGACGUUGAAAGCCACCAUUAAGUACUCCUAUGGGGAGAGUCCUAAAGAUUCCCCGUGGUUUGCUCGUGUCAUCAACCAACGUAAUUUCGAUCGGGUCACUAGCCUAUUCGAAGGUUCCGAAGACCUCGUAGUGUUGGGUGGCUCGAAAGAUCUAGACCGCAAAGAGUGGUAG